GGGCUGAGGGAGAGGGCUCCAGAGUUGACGGCUGGUGAGUCUCUCCGUAUAUGUGUGUGUGAGAGGGGACACGAGCCCCGCGACCCCGGCCACCCAGCCUUCCUCGACUGUCUGCGCGGGAUCCGGGGGUUCUCUCUCUUGCGCACCCCCACACCCUCCCCCCCAAUCUCUCUCUCUCUGUCCCUGUCUGUCUCUGUAUCUCUCUCUGUCUCUCUGUCUCUGCCUCUCUUUCUCUGUCUCUCUCUCCCUCCCUCCCUCCCUCUCUCUCUCUUCCACUUUUCUCCCCCUCCAUCCCCAAGGUGAUACAAGAUGCCUCUGAAUGAUGAGAAGCAGUGUGUGAACGAGCAGAGUGAUGUAGAGUCUUCCCCGUUCUCCGAAAGCAUGGCUUCGCUCAGUGACUUUGAGUGUUCCAGGCAGAGCUUCACCAGUGAUUUCUCCAGCAAAUCCAGUUCUCCUGACUCAACAAGUCCUCCCAGCGGCAUCAUGUUUGACGACGUGAUGGCUGCGGCCAAGAGCUUAUCAGACAUGACUCUCGCUCACGAAAUAGCUGUCAAUGAGAACUUCCAGUUGAAGCAAAAUGCCCUCCCUGAGAACAGCCUUCCUGGUCAAGUGAAGCGUGUUGUUCACCAGGCCUUCUGGGAUGUCGUGAAAGCAGAUCUCAAUGCUGAGCCUCCCCAGUAUGAAUAUGCCAUCAGACUGUUUGAAGAAAUCAGAGAGAUUCUCCUCUCUUUUCUCGCUCCUGGUGCAAACAGCCUUCACAACCAGAUUUGCGAGGUGCUGGACGUUGACCUCAUUAGACAGCAGGCUGAGCACAAUGCUGUUGACAUUCAAGGUUUGGCCAACUAUGUCAUCAACACCAUGGGAAAGAUGUGUGCUCCUGUGAGAGAUGAAGAUAUCAGAGAGUUGAAGGCUACUACCGACAUCGUGGAGAUGCUGAGGCAAAUAUUCCGUGUCUUGGACCUCAUGAGAAUGGACAUGACGAAUUUUGUCAUUAGGACAGUUAGACCUCACAUCCAGAAUCAUUUGGUGGAAUAUGAGAGAAACAAAUUCCAGGAAAUUUUAGAAGGAACUCCAAAUGCCCUCAGUCAAACUACGGAAUGGCUGAAAGAGUCUAUAGAUGAAGAAUUCCUUUCUGAGACUGCCGUGACUCCUGGAACUGAACAGAGUCCCCCGCCAAGCCUAAGUCCUCUGUUGGUGCUAAAUAAUUGUUACUUGAAACUACUUCAGUGGGAUUACCAGACGAAGGUCUUGCCAGAGACACUCGUGACAGAUGGAACGCGACUUCAGGAACUGACAGAAAAGCUGAAUCAACUGAAAAUGAUUGCCUGCUUGUCCCUAAUUACCAACAACAUGGUGGGUGCUGUUACAGAAGGCCUGCCCGAGCUUGCCAACAGGUUGAAAAGGAUUUCAGCUGUUCUACUCGAAGGCAUGAAUAAAGAGACCUUUAACUUGAAGGAAGCCCUGGAUUCUAUUGGUGCUCAGACUUGUGCUGAAGUUAAUAAGGCCCUGGAAGAGAGAGGCUCACCCACUUUAAAUGCUGAGGUUCAAGCUAAUCUCAUUGGUCAAUUUUCGAGCCUCGAAAAGAAGGACAAUCCUGUCUGCACCUUGAUGGGCCUUGCUUCUCUGUUCAGAGCCUAUCAUAACUACCCAGCCAGUGGCCUUUAUGUAGACAGCAUGGUGAUGUGGACAUCCUGGGAGAAUGUGCGGCUCAAACCUGCUCUUGAUAAACGGAUCCAGGUGUACAUGAAAAGCCUGCUCUGCCUUUCAAGCGCUCAUAAAAGCCUGCCUCCUGUGCCACUGGGCCUUGAUGUCAUUCAGCAGGAGCUGGAAGUGCUUGGCUGUCAAUACACAAAUAUCGUGAAUCUCAACAAACAGGUGUAUGGACCAAUUUAUGCAAAUAUAUUCCGAAAGCUGCUCUUGAGAGAUGAAGCUGUGGGGAAGACGGCUUCACUCCCAACCAAGUGAUGUGAAGCUGGUGCUGGAGAAGAGAUGGAAGAGCACUUGGCACACUGUCCUCACUCAUUUCUACCAGCGGCACUCACUCAGUGCUGUCCCCAGAGCAGUGUUGGACGGAACCUGUGUAGUCUGGUAAUGUCGGCAUCGUGGAAGGGCCACAUAUCCAUAGACUCUUUUGUGUAUCAUUUCCAAGUUAAGGCAGACAGGUUUAAUGAAGAAAAGUAAUUUGUAAUGACUUAUAUCACCUAUAUAAUACUGGCGUUUUCUUAUACAUUUAUACUGAGUAUUUCUAUGUGGCUCGUUCAUCCAACCUAAAAGGAGUUGUUUUUGUUUAUAUACUUGAUUAUACUGCAGUUGCCUGCAGAAAUACAAUGUGCAAACAUUUAAAAAAUACAUUGAAAAUGAAGGGCAUUCUGCUUUAUUUUUUUCUGUUAAGUGGCAAAAUAAAUUUGUGUCUCGAGUCUGGAUUUAACCAAGUCCAUUUAUUAGGAUUUUAAUCAUAGCUCCUGGUGUGUUUAUCUAGUUUUCACUUAAAUGUUCGUUUCUACUUUUGAGGCUUUCGUAACGUGGAUGUUCUUAAUAAAACUUUAUUAAGCAGCUGA